GCAUGAAUUUAUUUUCUAUAAAAAUGGCGUCAAAACGUCAACCAAAAUUGAACGGACCGCUUACUGAAUCAGCUCUUGUGUUUAUUUCACGGAACGCAUCUAUAAUUCAUUUGGUGGACUUGGUGUGAUGGUCGAAAGAAAAUAUGGCAAAUACCUUGGACUUGAAAUUGGUGUUGAAACAUCUCUCAAAUGGAACUCUGACCGAGAAUUUGUGUGUUAUUUGUCUGAAACCGCUUCGUGACCAAUAUGAGAAUAUAUUUACAAAAGUAUGUAAAUUCGACAAGGAAUAUUGUAUUGCUGAUGUUCUGCAGACUAUGUGUGAUAUUACACUCUCCGACACAGAUACCUACAACAUUUGCAUCAACUGUUUCAUGAUGGCGUCCAUGGCGUACAAAUUCUACCUCCUAUCUAAACGCAGCCAGGAAAUACUACAUUUCUAUACGAAUGAACUUCUUGAAAACGUAGAACAAAUUCAAUUGCCGGAAGAAAUUGUCAAUAACACACUUUGUAUAUCCCUUCCUGAAAUUUUGACCGCAACACCUGUGUACGAUUUUAAUCUACACUCUAUUGGCAAGGAAAUGGAAUUAGUAGAGAAUCUCAUAAAAAAAGAAACAAUAAAAACGGUGGAAAAAGAUGAUAAUGACGAUGUGGUCGUGAUUAUUCAGGAUAACGGAGAGCCUGCGUUUUACCGAUCACAGCCAGAUGGUACUCUUACAGAGCUUCAGGGAUCGGAAGGGGAUAAAUACAGGAAAAAGUUUAAUGCUUCUUUAACUGUAGAUAAGAAAGAAGAUCGAAUUAAGAAGGGAAGGAAAAGAGGUCCGAUGUCCUAUAAGCUGUGUACUCGAUGCCCGGUGAAGUACCGUUUCAUAACUAAACUGAAGCAGCACAUGAUGAUGGAUCAUAAUAUCACCCUGUAUGUUUGUAAGGUAUGUCAAGCAUUCACGGAGAAUGAACAAGAGUACCACAAUCACAUGAAGACCCACACCAAUGUGCACCAGUGCGCGGUCUGUAACACUGUGUUCAAGAAGCGCUCCACUAUCAUCAACCACCUCAAAUGGCAUGAACGGAUGAAGAAUAUUACUGAGAACGCUUUGCAGUCGGAAAACGCGCACAUAUGUGAGAAAUGUGGCAAGAUAAUGUGUGACGAGGAGAGUCUGAGACAGCACUAUGACAGCGUGCAUUACAAGAAGUUUACCUGCUACUACUGCGGCAGAAUGUACAAGGGAGAAAUGAGCUUCAACGGCCACAUCAGGAAACAUGAACAGAACAUGGAAAUUGGGAGUUUUAAAGACCAUACCCAAACAAAAAAAGACAAAGUCCCUUCAACAGAGAAGUCAGGCAAGAACCGAUGUAUGUGUUCCACGUGUGGACGGCACUUCGUGGACGAGCGCGCGUUGUUGUGGCAUCAGAGACUGCAUAAUAAUGAGAGGCCGUACCCUUGUAAGGAGUGCGGACGUAGCUUCGUGUCCCUGAACCGCCGCAACCAGCACGCUCUGUGCGCGCACACGGCCCCGACGCGGCGCUGUCCGCUGUGUCCCGCGCUGUUCCAUCUGCGGUCCAUGGUCAACUCGCAUGUUAAGAAGGUAAACACCCACUCACUGCUUAUUCAACCUAUUUAA